AUGUCGCAAUUCAUUCUGAGCGCGCUCCAGGACGUGGUGCCCACGCAUACGGGGCCUAUUCCGAAGGAGGUGAUUGACUAUGCCAAUUACCUGUAUCUGUCGUCCAAGUCGAGCUGUCCGCUGGCUGCGCAGCUGGAGAUCGGACGGUGUCAUCUGUGCUGUUUUUUGACUGUGGACAAGUUUAAGAACAAGUUUGAUCUUCCUGAUCCGAGUGUGAACCGGAUCCCGAUCCCAAAACGGAAGGCUGUGACUGUGCUGGCCGAUUUCAGACACAAGUUGUCUGGAGCAGGAAGCAAGCAAGGGGCCGAUCUGUUGCGGACCCCCACGAAACGACGGGUUGUUCAGCUGGCCACGCCCGAGACAACGCCGGGAAGGAAACGUGUGGUUGAUUUGACCGAGCAAACCACGCCGUCCAAGCGCAGAAACGUCCUGAACACGCCGGAGAGCACGCCAAAGACGCUCCGCAACGAGGAACCGGACAAGGUCGACGCCGGCACUGCAGCCAAGUCGCUGCAGAAACGGCUGCUUGCUGCCGCCGACGACGUGAAGGGUCCUGCCAAAAGAGGUCGCAAGAAGGGAUUCAAGCUGCUUUCCAUGGCGGACCGGUCGCUCAACGACGACACCAUCAUCACGACACCGCAUCUUGUUGCGUUCUGUAACAAGUUCUAUUUGCCGGAGGAAAUCACGCGGUGUAUUCUCGAAACGUACAAACACUACUACUAUCGCACAAAGAGUCCGUGGGGGCUGCUUUGCGGGCUGGUCUCGAUAGCAUAUCUCCAUCUGAACCAGGACAAGGUGGUCCAGAACAUGGGUUUCAAGACCAAGUUUUUCAAGAACCUGCAGAUCCACCAGAACGGCGGGCUCAAGUACAACGAGUUGGUCGACUGGGUGGCUCUUGUGGAGAAAUUGUGCGAUAACGAGAAGUGGAUCAAGGACCUUGGUGGCCGCGAAAUGCUGGAGUCCGAGACGAAGCUACCGUUUGGCCUGCCGACGCUGAACUCGUUUGUCACUCCGCGCGUGUGCUACUUUUCCGACCGCAUGGAAGCAGAAUACGUCACCUGGAUCAACCGCAUCAAACAGUCGACUGGCGUCUAG